UUUAGCUCCACCUAUUAGAUUGCAGAUCGCUGGUCGAGCUCCGCCUUUCAAGUGCAACACACACACGCGCGCACACACUCCAGCACUUUGCAUCGCUUUGCAGUGCGCGUGCGCGUGCAGGUCGACACCGAAGGUGCUGCACGUUCAGCACACAGCGCGAGCCUCUGCGGCCUCUGCGGCACGGGGCCGCGCGGGCCCGGUAGGGGUAGCAGCUGGAGCCGGUUUGCCCCCUCGCGCCCCCGACCCGCAUGGAUUUACCCCAUGGAUGACUCGGACGGCGCGGAGGCCGAGCGCGCGCCCCCGCGCGUGCCCGUGGCGACCGGGGCUGGCGGCUGGGGGACGGACGGGACCGGGGGGGAGUUUCCCGGCAGGUACGUCAUCGCGGAACCGAGCACGGCGCACGAGGAGGAGGAAGAUGAAGAAGAGGAUGAGGAGGACGAGGCGCGCGGGCGCGGGGCGCAGCUGCACGUGUUGGAGAUAGACUUCAGUGAGCUGCUGCUGGAGGAGCUGAUAGGAGUGGGCGGGUUUGGUAAGGUGUACCGGGCGGUGUGGAGAGGGCUGGAGGUGGCGGUGAAGGCAGCACGGCGUGACCUGGACGAGGACGCGUGUGAGACCCUGCAGAACGUGCGACAGGAGGCCAGGCUCUUCUCCAUGCUGAGACAUCCCAACAUCAUGGCCCUGCUGGGGGUGUGUGUGCAGGAGCCCAACCUGUGCCUGGUGAUGGAGUACGCCCGGGGAGGAGCGUUGAAUCGCGCACUUGCUGGAAAACGUAUCCCCCCCCACACGCUGGUGGACUGGGCCGUGCAGAUCGCCAGAGCCAUGCAGUACCUGCACUGCCAGGCCAUCGUCCCCAUCAUACACAGAGACCUGAAGUCCAGCAACAUCCUGAUCCUGGAGCGCGUAGAGAACGAGGAUCUGAGCAAUAAAACCCUGAAGAUCACAGAUUUCGGGUUGGCGCGAGAGUGGCACCGCACCACUAAGAUGAGCGCGGCGGGCACUUACGCCUGGAUGGCACCCGAGGUCAUCCGCUCCUCUACUUUCUCCAAGGGCAGCGACGUCUGGAGUUAUGGAGUGUUGCUGUGGGAGCUGUUGACAGGCGAGGUGCCGUUUCGUGGUAUUGAUGGACUCGCUGUGGCGUACGGAGUUGCCAUGAAUAAACUGGCACUGCCCAUCCCCUCCACCUGCCCUGAACCUUUCACACGCCUAAUGGAAGCCUGUUGGAGUUCUGACCCGCACGGCCGGCCACCCUUCUCCACCAUCCUAGACCUGCUCACCUCUAUUGAGGAGUCUGGAUUUUUUGAGAUGCCUGCUGAGUCCUUCCACUCGCUGCAGGACGACUGGAAGCUGGAGAUACAGGAGAUGUUUGAUCAGCUGAGAGCCAAAGAAAAGGAGUUGAGGUCGUGGGAGGAGGAGUUAACACGGGCUGCACUGCAACAGAAGUACCAGCAGGAGGCGCUACGGCGGCGUGAGCAGGAGCUGGCAGAGCGAGAGAUCCACAUCCUGGAGCGGGAACUUAAUGUCAUAAUCCAGCAGCUUUAUCAUGAAAAGCCCCGCGCCGAGCAGCGCCACGGCAUGUUCCGCCGCAGCCGCAUCAAGCUGCGCCCUGGAGACCGCAUCAGCCUGCCGUCCGAUUUUCAACACAAGAUCACAGUGCAGGCUUCUCCAUCUCUGGACCGAAGGAGGAGUAUUUUGGGCAGCUCCAGCCCUCCAACCAGCCCCCCAGUACUGCCUCGCCUGCGAGCGAUACAGUUGACCCCUGCAGACGGACAGGCCUGGAGCCGGAACGCUGCAUUUCAGCUUGAUGAAGAGGAGGAGAGAAAGAGUUCCCGCAAAAAAGGCAGAACGCGCAGCUCAGGAACACACAGAGAACACAGUGCUGAUGAGAGUCUGAUAAGUCCUAAGCAGGGCAGUGGUAGACAGCGGUCCUGCAGUGCCCCAAACCUGCGCCGCUCACCCAGACACAGUCCAGCGGUGCCCGGGGUGCCCAGCCUGCCCGAGACUGAAAAUGAAGACUGCUGCUGUCCGUCUGACCUCCCAGAGUCUCCCGGUCAGUCAUAUCUCUGCAUCCCCUUCCACAGAGAGGGCUCAGUUUCGGAAGGUUAUGGUUCUGAAAGCACCGUGAUUGGUCAAGGCCUUGACUCCUCCCCCAGUUUUUCAAGGCGGAGCCCUAGUGGAGGUCGGAGGUCAGAUCUGAUGCUGCUGGGGUGCGGGGCUUUGCUGGCCGCUGUGGGUCUGGGUUUCAAUCUCCUGGAUUCUGGGAGGCUGGAAGAAAGCACACGUCCAAAAUGGGAGGGGCUUUUCCAGAAGGUUAGUGGUGGCCAGAGGAGAAGCUCCAGCCCCCCCACAAGAAAACUGUUUAAACGGGAUAGCCCCCUGCGGCCCCCACCGCUGCCCCCCUCCCUCACACUCCUUUCUCUCUCCUCCGUUUCGGACUGUAACUCAACACGUUCUCUACUUCGCUCGGACAGUGAGGAGCUGCUGGUGCUCCGCCCUCCUACACCUCCUUCAGUGAUGCCCCGCCCACUCUCACCUCCCCAACUGCUGAUAAGGCAUCCACCUGCCAACCCUCUUGUCAACACUCACAUAGAGAGUUUUAAGCGCAACCCUCGCCAAUCGCUCACGCCCACACAUGCCCCUGCAGCGCCCAGCGCCACCCGCAAGCUGCACCGCACGCCAUCCGAUGGAGCCAUAAAGAAGGGCGGAGCAAUGAACAACAUCAUACAGAACAACGCCCAGCCAUCACUUCCAAAAGCUGCACAGGAGCACACAGUGAAUCCAUGGGCAGUGAGAGAUGACCCCUCAGAAGUACCUCGUCUUCCUGACCCAAACCUCAUCUUUCCUCCCACGCCACGCCGCCGCUGCCAGCCAGAGCGCCCCAAAACUCUGGACUUCUUAGCUAGGCCACGCCCCUCACCCCGAGCUCGCUGCGAAAGCCAGUGGGGGGACUCUCCCGCUCGCACAUCCAGCACUGAAACUCCUCCCACUGUGGAGUUUGAUGGGGGUGUGGUUGUAGCACCCACACCGAUGGAACAGCCUACCCCGUGCUCUCCCUGGGUGAAUGACAGCCUUCUGGACCAGUCGGACGAGGGCCAGUGCAGGGACAGAACUAGACCUCUUAAACUAGAACCCAUAUUACCCAGAGACUCGCCUUACAAAAUGAGACCCGGCUUCUGGUCCUGACUUCGGUCCUUCUGUGAAUUUUAAAGCAGCAGUUUGGUCGAACA